AUGGCCUUAAGUGCUGCAUCUCCAUUUUACAGAGGGUACGUAUCUAAUAUAGAUUGUCGAUGGGGAGUUAUUGCUGCUUCUGUCGAUGAUCAUACUAGAGAAGAAAGGGGCUUAGAGCCUUUAAAGAACAACAAAUACAGAAUCAGUAAAUCCAGAUACGAUUCCAUUGACAGUUAUUUGUCUAAAUGUGGAGAAAAAUAUAGUCACCUUCCUUUAAUUAUAGCUAAAGACAUAUAUUCUUUGCUAGUUAUAAAAGAGACAGAUACAAGCAUAUCGGUUUUCCCGGUUGUACCCUGCUGCAGUUCAAUGAAAGAUAAUGAAGUAACUAUUGGCUGUCUGUUCCACAGUCGCAUAUACCCAGCUGCUGAAAUUUCUUGGCAAACAAAGUGUGGUCCAGUUACAUCAGGAGUGGAAGUAUUUCCAGCAAAAAAUGCUAGCCCUUACUAUGUGUAUUCUUCUUUAAAAGUAUCUCUUUAUGACCUGCAAAAAAAUUACUAUCAGUGUAAAAUAGGCACUCAGACAAGAAAUGUCACUGAGCCAGUGUGUCAAAAGCCAGAGAUAUUAAAAGUCAAAGUGUAUUCAGGAGAGUGUGCAGCAGAAUUUAAGGAACUAAUCUGCCUAGUUGAUGACCAUUUUCCUAAAGAUGUAUCCGUUAUUUGGACAGUGAAAGGAGAGCCAGCUUCAGCAAGCAAUAAAAGUGUUGAAAAAGGAGAAAAUGGUCUUUACAAAACCCGAAGUACUCUGUCGUUAAAAACGGAUAAGUGGUUUGCUGGACAUGAUAUCACCUGCAAGGCUACAGCCCCCAAGCAUGGAGAUACAGUUCCAAUAUCCAAAAAUGACACGAUUAAAAGCUGUGCAGCAUACGCAGCUGAGGUGUCCAUUUUGAAACUCUCACUUCAAGAUCUAUUUACGAAAAACUAUGUCACUGCUACAUGUGUUGUAAAGGCAUAUCCACUACAAGGAGUGGAAAUUAUCUGGAAAACUGAUGAGAAAAUUAUUAAUAAAACUGUGGAAAACAAUUUCUGUUCUGAAAAUGAGAUUAAAACUAUUAGAUAUACUGUCAGUAUACCUACCAGUGACUGGAAUGCCAAGAAACCUUAUGUCUGUGAAGCAAAACACCAUUGUUUCAAAUCUUCCUUUGAAGACAGAAUCACAAAGCAUGAAGUGAAAACACCACCUUCCUUGUCCAUCUUGGCCCCAUUUUCUGACAAGAAUCAGCAGCAACAUUUCCUGCUCUGUAUGAUAAAUGGUGAUUUUCCUAAUGGGAUAUACGUUAAAUGGCAGAAGAAUGGUGAGGAUGUUCCUGCAUUACAUUAUACAAACACCGAACCACAGUGUGUGACGGCAAAUCAGAAAUGCUCUGCUCAGAGCAAGCUGGACAUUCCACAAAGUGACAGAAACACUGAGGCCAAUUAUACCUGUAUGGUUGGGUAUGACCCUGCAAAGCCAAUGGAAAAUGCAACUCGUGUGGAUCCAUUUGUGUCUUUCACAUUACAGUGUCCAAAAGCUGAAGUCCUCUUCCUAGUAGAUGAACAUCAGGAUGGCAAACUGAUCAGCUUAGCUUGCAGUGCCUUUGACUUUAGUCCAGAGGAUAUUAAUAUAACAUGGAUGUCAAACGGUACACAAGUAAUCCCAAGCAGGAAGGAGGCAACAUUAAAAAUGCAUAAUGGGAAAUUUGCCACCAGCGCAAAGAUAAAUGUCUCCAUGGAAGAGUGGAAUGAAGGAAAAAUAUAUGAAUGUACGGUUUCUCUGUCAUCAUGUGACAACAUUUCAAGGAUUAUCUCUAAAUCAGCCUGGAUACUCCCAACACCACCAGCUCUCCAAGUCCAAGUAAAUUCAUGUGAAAAAGGAAACAUAACAGUGAGUUUAAUAUGCCUGAUUUCCAACUUUAGCCCAAAAGAAAUUGAAGUUAAAUGGUUUUCAAAUGAGACGCUUGUGUCAUCUAAUGACAAGUACAUGACAGGACAUGGUAACCAGUUUGAGAUGACAAGCACUGUGACAGUCCCAGCUGAAGAGUGGAACAGAUGGUAUAAUUAUACAUGUCAAGUCUGGCAUGCUUCAACGAACUCUUCAAAAGAAGUGACAGUUAAUAAAUGCACAGCUUGCAUGAAACAUUGCCCUCGACCAACAGUAUACAUUUUAAGGCCUUCAUAUCAAGAGUUGGCCAGAACAAAGAAAGCUCUCAUCACCUGUUUAGUAGUUGGUUAUGAGCUUUCUGGUGUCCCUGUAAGUUGGUCAAUUGAUGGUGAGAAACACACUAGUAAUGUCACUACGAGAGAAGAAUCGCAUGUAAAUGGUUCUCAGACCAUAAGAAGCACGUUAACUGAUGAUUUAACUGGCUGGAAUCAGGGCAAAACAUACACCUGCCAAGUCACACAUCCUUGUUUUGGCAUGCCUUUUAUGAAGACUAUUGUAAAAGAACAAGGGGUUCAAACCAUUCCACCUUCCCUGUACUUGGGCUGCCCGACUGUGGAAGAACAUGAUGAAAUGACAUUAGUAUGCAUAGCAAGUGGUUUCUACCCAGAAGACAUUUUGGUUACAUGGCUUGUGAAUAGUUCGGCCAUUGAACCUUCAGAUUACAUUAUUAGUCAUGUGGUACCUAAAGGGAACAUGACAUUUACUGUUACAAGUCAUUUAAAAAUCAGCAAACACCAAUGGUUAAGUGGCGUACAUUUCACCUGCCGAGCACAAAAUGACGGAUUUGAGAAGAAUGUUUCAAAACAUGAACAUCUGUGCAGUUCACAGGUAGGUGUGCAAGAACCAUCAGUUUACCUUGUGAAGCCUUCCUUUGAAGACUUAUUCCUGAAGCACAAGGCUGUUAUAAUGUGCUUAGUAAUUGGAUGGGACCUUAAAAGAGAAGACAUAACCUGGAUGAAAGAUGGCAAGGAUCGAACAGCAGACAAAGAGGAUGAUCUACAUGAAAAUGAUAAUAAUGGAACACAGACGCUGCAGAGCCAGCUGAAAGUGUCAGCAGAAGAAUGGUACAGUGGCGCUACAUUUACGUGUAAAGUGUCCCAUUCUUCUUUCCCUUCUCCGCGGGAACUAAAGAUAUCUUACGCAAAAGACAAUGCAAGUUUUCCUGAUGUAUACAUUUUGCAACCAUCACCAAAGGAGCUGAUGUCUGGUGAUGUCCUGACUUUGAUUUGCCUGAUGAAAGGUUUCUAUCCAGAUCAUAUUUUUGUGAAAUGGAAGCACAAUUGUGACAUCAUUGGGCAGGAGAAAUACACUAAUUCGCCAACCUACCAGAAGGAUAAAAGCUAUUCGAUGGUCAGCAGGCUAGAGAUAGAUAAGGACGAGUGGAACCGUGGGACAGCCUACACGUGCAUGGUCGGUCAUGUGUCCUCAGACUCUCUAAUUAUAAGAACCGCUAAUAAAUAUUCCGACAAGCCUUCCUCUGUAAAUGUAUCAGUAGUGUUAACUGAUGCUCAUGACACCUGUACUGUAUAGUCUGCUCUGUAUUACAAAUGAAAAAUUAAUAAACUCUUACUUAUUAGACCA